AAAUAAUUUGUAAGAUUUUAAUGAAAUUUACAAGUAUGAUUAGCAAAGCACGAAAAUAAAAUAGAGUGAAAAUACAUUUUCUCUCGGAAAUGACAUGUAUUUCAGAUAUGAACGAGGUUCGCGCGAGAUCGCUCUUUGAUUGGUUGAUAGAUUCUUGCUUCGAAAUUCAAAAUCGUUUACUUGAAUGUGGACAGACUUGUCAGUAAAGUUGGCACCACCACCACCUGACUUCCUGGUGCACUUGUUCUAUAAACUACAUCAUUAUUGCUGUGGUCAACAUUUAUUCUGCACAUUGUUACAUUACUCUAUGCAAAUGCAGCUAUUUAUUAUUCAUAUUUCGGUAUUUUGUGAGAAUUAAGGUGAUAUCUGAACAGAUCAACUCAGUCACUUACUCCUCCAUUGGUUCAUCUCCAAACUUACGUCCUAUGGAAGGAGGCAAUAAUAUCUACACAGGCUCACCAGAUUCUCCUCAUUUUUCUCGUCGAAUUUCCCGUCUCUCUGAUGUAGAUGACAUAAAACGUGACCUCAGUAAUAUAACCGAUGACUCUAAUGACGACAGCUACCCACUGGCUCAUAUCAACACUGUUUUCUCUUCACCUUCAAACAGCAUUGAUUCUGGCUUCCAGUCUCCUUCCAUUGAGUGCUUAUCGUUAUCUUUUUCUCCAGACAUUUCUCUCUCCUCAAACCAUACUUCAUCUUCUCAAAGGAAAGAUUAUCACAAAUCAACAAUAAAUGGCACUCAAUAUCCAAAACAGGAGCUUGAUAUUAAUUUCGCUUCACCAGAGGGAAAUGUCUCUUCUUGGACUACAAAGACUCCGUCUACUUCAUUUAUUGAACUCUCGCUUAACGAUUCCAGUUCCUGGAAGAACAACGUUGUCCCAUUGGCUGACCCUACUCCAAUGCAAUGUUCAACUCCCCUAUUACCACGUAACUUGAAAAUCUUAGCAACCCCUCCAAUCACAAGCUGUUCAACAAACAAUGUGGAAUUUAUUUUAAAUUCUCAAAGCUUCCAGUUAUCUUCAUUGUCCUCUUCUACAACUUCUACAACCAAUUCUGUUGGAUUGCCACUUUCCAAACCAAAGGAACUUGUAAUAGAAAUUCUAAAACCUGUUUCCUUCUCUGAGGCUCAAAUAUCACCACUUGCUCCCACUGCCCCAUCUUUCCAGCCUGCUACAUUGAAUAACCAAUCUAAAACCCAGACUAAACCUGGAGAAAAACUGACCCAGACUGAAAAGACAUCAAAUCCACAGACUUUGGGUAGCAGCCAGUUCAACAAGCGACCUCCGUUCUCUUAUGUGAAGUUAAUAGAAAAUGCACUUAACAGUCGUCAUGAUAAACGCAUGACCUUAAAAGAAAUCUACCGAUGGAUUGAAACCAACUAUCCUUAUUACAGCAACACUACAAAGCUUGGAUGGAAGAAUUCAAUUCGCCAUGAUUUAUCUACCAACAAAUGUUUCGUUCGAGAACCAACUCGUUACUAUGGUUCUCACUGGAAAUUGGUUUCAACUGUUAAAGACACGGUUUCGUCAUCAUCGUCAUUGUUGUCGUCGUCGUCAUCAUCAUCAUCAUCAUCAUCAUCAUCAUCAUCAACGGUAUCAACAACAACUUCGUUGUCAUUAUCAUCAUCAGUGUUAACAUCAUAUUCAUCACCCUCAUUAUCAUCUGUUGCCACAAGUUCAAAGUAUAAACCUCAGUCUCCUGUUGUUAAUACUAUGAACAGCAUACCAUCUGUGAUUUCUUCAGGAACUCAUCCGAAAUUAUCUAUUAACAGUCAAACAAAAGCUAAUAGUAGACGUAAAGAGCCUCCUUUGAUCUUACCUCGCCCUAAUGUAGCACCUCAAGCUUAUGCCUUAAUUCCCAUACACACCAAUAAUCUGACGCUUCAGAAUCCCUCUACUAUUUCUACUCCUCUUAUCAUCCAAUUACCAACAAUUUCAACUACAAAUCCAGUCAAAAACUGUACAGGUAAUUUAAUGUCAAACACUGAAAUACCAGCUUCACAAAAUUAUCCUCUUACUUCCACACCAAUUUUACCAGCAUCAAAUAAUCACCAAAUUUCAGUGAAAGAUCUUUUAUUGUUUGACCAAAAUUCUCUCAGCAAAUCUCAAAACUUGGCUGAAGAAUACCUACAGUCAUUACCUCAAGAAACGGCUGAGCAACAUAGCAGCAAACGUUUGUGUCUUAAAGCAAAUAUGAAUUUGAACACAACCACAAAGAAAUCUUUACUCUCAGAUCAUAAUUUUCAGGAGCAGAAACCUCCAGCUAAUAAGAAGAAUCGGCGUAAACAAAAAUUUGUUUUGAAGGAAAUGAAUCCACUAGACUCCUCUGUUAUAGAAGAUUCAUUUUCAUUGAACAAAGAACUAAGACCUAAAGUAGUACAAUCUAUUUCGAACACCAGUUUAGACAUAAUGUCUUCUUCUUUACCUCUUACUCAAAAACCAUCUGUAACCUCAGUGCCAAACAUUUGUGACAGUUCUUUAGACAGUAGUUUUCCAGAAUUAACUGAGGAAGAGGACCAAACAUUUUUAUCUAAUUUAGAUUCAAAUUCAAUUUACUCUCGUAGAAAACCUAAUAUAUUGUCAAGGAAGUCAUUUUCACAGAAUAACUUUACUACCAAACAAGAUGGUCCUGAAAAGUUAUCUAUGUUUUCGACAAGCACAAGCAAUAACAUUCUUGAAUCUGACUUUGGCAAUUUAUUUGAUAUUCCACUUGCCUCUUGCAAUAAUCCAGAUACCAACACAGGUGAUUUACAUGACCAAUUAAAAGUCAAUAAUUGUAUUGAAACUAUUUCAUGGGAUGACUGUCAUUUUAUGUAGCAUAAAUAAUUAGAAAAACUCAAUGUAGUAUUCUGAAUGUGAUGACUAUAGUCCACGAUAAACAUUUUAUUUUCAUGUUAUAUCCAUCCAUCCAUCUAUCCAUCCAUCAUUGAAGGAACAAAAAUCCAGUUAUUUUUUCGUUAUAUCAAAAUUUGUUUGAUUACUUGUUAUGAACAAUUAUAAUUCUUUAUAGGUCAGAUUAAGUUAAUAAGUCUGAUGCAACCAUAACAUUUAUGCUGUCUAUAUACUUAUUGAUAAAGGGUCAGAUUAGAUUUUUUAUAAUGUUGGCCUGAAAUGCUGGUUAAAGAGAAGACAUGAUAAAUCAAUCUGUUAAGAUAUCUUGUAUGUUUGUGUCAGUGUCUGUUGUUUGGGAGUAAGUUCUGAUAUGGAGGAAGGAGUAUGACAUCAUUCUUCCAAAGACAUGACAAGUAUUGCCUUCAAACUUAUUUCUGUAACUUUUACAAUUUCUAAUAGUGAUGGAAUUUCUUUGCUUUGAGGAAAAUGUUGAAACUUUGAAGCUAUAAGAAAAAUUCAUGUUAGAAAGUGAAAUUGAAUAUAAUUAUAUUGAAAUAGUUAUAAUUCUGUAUUAUUCAACCACACUAUGAUAUUCUAAUGAAAUUAACGAAUAUGAUCUAUUUGAAAAAUAUUUUUUCCAAUAUAAAAUGAGAAAAUAUUUUUCUGCAAAAUGAUACUAUAGAUAUUACUCUCUUUAUGUUGUAAAGUAUUUGAUUUUAAUAGAUGAUUGUAGCAUUGUAUAUAUCACUAAUUUUUAUGAAUUCAUUUAGCUGGUGAUCUUAUUGAUUUAAUUAUACUCUUAUUUAUUGAGAAUUUAUUAAUGGCUGGCAGGUUGUGUAUGACAACGAAAUGAGAAUGGGUUAUGUUUUUCUUUCUUCCUUUAAUCAAAACUUCAUAAGUGCAAAAGCUGGAGUUUGCAACAAUGGCUAAAGAGUCUCUUGUUAUCAGAAUCACUGUGCAGAAGGAAAACAUUAAAAAAUUAAUUUUAAUAUGUUAAUUCAAAGCUAAUUCAUAUAUGCAUCAAACUGUAUAUUAUACUAUGUACUGUGCAGUACUAUAUAGUAUCAUACUAUUUAUUAUAUCUCCUAGCUCUUCAAUUCUGACUAAAGAUUCCUCUUGGUCAAAUAUUCAAAAUUACACUUUAUAUCUUUUCUGUGAGAGUGAUUAUUUCAAAAAGAGCAUUUCUGUUUCCUGGAAACAGAAAUGCUAUUUUGAUUGCAAGUUAGUUUGAAAUGCUUGAAUGUUUUAGCAAUUUUUGGUUGAUGGAUAUCUUCAGGCAAGUUUCUUUUUUUAUGCAUGGCUGUGUGGUAUGAAGUUUGGUUCCCAAUCACAUAGUUCUGGGUUCAGACCUGCUGUGUAGCACAUUAGGCUACUGCCUUCUACCAUAGCCCCAGGCCAACCAAAGAUUUGGUAGACAGAAACUGAAAGAAUUCCAUCAUAUAUGUGUGUGUGUGUGUGCUUGCAAUUGUCCUGCACCACCACUUGACAACCACUAUUGGUUUGUUAUUUAUUUACAAUCUCAUAACUUUGCAGUUUGGCACACAAGACCAACAGAAUAAGUACAAGCUUAAAAAAGAUAAGUAUUGAGGUCGAUUCAUUCAAUUAAAACCCUUCAGGCUUCAAAGAUUGAAACAAGUAAAAGAUAAAAGAAGUAAUUGACAUCAGUUUUGAUUUAUGUGAUAUCAUUCUUGUAGAAAUUUAUCUUUUGGUAUGAGGUAUACUUCUAAUAAAGAGUUGCAAAUGGCUUGGUCUGUAGGAUGCCAGCUUACAAGCCAAAAGAUUAACAGCAUAUAUUCCUUUACUUGUACUUAAAUACUAUCUUUCCUGGACCAGUCAACUUAACUUUAGAUUGGCUCUAUAGAAAGGUAAAAUUUAUUAAUGUGAAUUGCAGUGGCACUGUAAAGCUGAGGAACAUUGUUUUGGCUUUGAGUCUGAGCUGAAGUGCUGUUUCUUGAACUUCUUUUAAAUGCUGAUGUGUUGAUGAAAUCUGUGGUUAUGCAUAAAUGUUUUGAUGGGUUAAAUGACAUUAUGUCUUCAGCUUUUACUAGAAGACAGCUUUUGUACAUGUAAACACAAUGUCUUUGAAGUUGAAUACAACUAGAAUUUUAAGAAAGCUGACCUCAAUACAAAUAGAUAUAUAUUAGUUGUACCUAGUUUGAAAAUAGAAUGAAGAGUUAUUUCAAGCUCAUUAGGUAUUAUUUUAUUUCUUAGCAUUCUCACGAAAGCUUUCAGAUAUUAUCUUACACAAUUUAGAAGUUGGAUAAUUUCAGUUUCCUAGUUUUUUGACUGUUGUGGUUGGAAGAUUUGAAUUUGAAAUUAUAUGAUAGCUCUGAUAUUCAACAGUGUGGGUAUGGUUGUGUUGUAUAUUUAUUAUAAAAUUAUGUAUUUAAUUAUAAAAUCUAUGAAUGUUAUAUUGAAUGAAAUGUUAUAAGUUCAUACUAGGAAUAUGGCUAGUAUAAAUAUUUGUUGAACAUUUUACCUCUUCAUGUUAAUGAUUUGGUAUACGGUAAAAGACCAUUCAAAUUGAAAACUACAAGUCUUCUAAUUCAUGUCAAUAUCUGAAAGAGAAUUUGUUAAUCCAUCUAUGCUUGUAUUGACAAAUGGAUGUAAAAAAGAGAAAUUAUAUAAGGUAUAUCAAAGUAAUAAAAUCUGAUUACCAUCAUUCAUGAUAAUUGCACAAUGUUGUAUUUACAAAGUAUCCUGUUGUAAAGAUUUCCAUACACUUAAUUUCUAUAUUACAGUUUUCUGUUUUGCUUGGUAGCCAGUAUUUACAAACAGUUUAUCUGAAAUCAAUUUCCAUAAUGUUAUUGUUAUAUUGAUAUUCACAAUAUGAACACCUUUUUCUUGUUUUCUGAAAUGUUUCGUUACUUCAAAUUGAAGCAAAAAAGUGAAUAAAUUAUAAUUGCUCU